AUGCCCGAUUCCUUAUUCUACACCUCUCAUCUCUCCGACUAUCCCUCUCCUGACGACUCCUCUCCCAACACAACGACCAGCCGCCGCCGGCGCUACCAAUCCCGUUGCAAACGCAAUGGAGAGGAAGAAGAUGAAAAAGAAGCAGCAACAACAUCAUCAUCACCACCUCCUCAGCAAAAGCAAGCCAUGGCGCGAAGAGGAAGAAGAAGAACAAGAUCAGAGAAGCGUGGGCGGGCGACGAUCCCCAACGAUGGUGUGGAUAUUUCUCAUGCUCAUUUGCCAUCCCCAUCCCCAUCAUUCUCCUCCCGCUCAUCCAGCACUUCAUCCUCCGACGCUCGGGUACUCGCCCGUCACCAACAUGGCUGGAACCUCCAAGAAUGGAACGCCCUCCAGGUCGGACUCCGCGGGCUCCAUGGGGAAGUGCGGGAAUGUAUCAAGGGAGAGGAUGAUAAAAUGGAAGAUGAUGGGGCGUGGAGGGAGCGGUUGGAUCAGGUGAGGGGACGGAUGGAGGUGUUGGAAGGGAAGCUGGGUUUUGACAACAAUUCGGCCGCAUGUCUUGAUCAUUCUUCUCGGAGGGUAGGAAUGAGACAUGUCUUCGGGCUGGCCAUGGUGCUCGGCGCCGUUCUCGCCAUGGUUGGCCUUGGGAUAUCAUGGUAUGACCAGGGUGCCAUGACCGGCAGUGCUCCCCUUCCUCCACCGACGUGUCGUCUUCCCGCGGUCGCGCCGUUUCCGGCGUUGAAUCUUGCCGGUGUCAUCUCGGGCGGAUUGUCGACUGAUGAGGUUAAGAGGCUUCGAGGGUCGGGGGCGUUGUGGGAGGUGCUGGAGAGAGCGAUGGGUCAGGCGGAGGGGUAUGUGGAGGGAUUUCAUCGAGAGGUGGAGGUGAUGGUUGGUGGUGGCGAGGAGCGGGCGGUGGGAGUGGAAAUCCAGGAGGAGUCGAUAAGGGUGACCAUGUCGACGACGGAAGCACGCGAGCCGGUGUGUUGGGUGAAGAUGGUCGGGGUGGAAGGGGAGUUUGAAAGGUUGUCGCGCGGGUUGAGGGUGUUGGGCGAGGUGGUGGCGGCGUUAAGAUGGCGGGAGGAGGUGUUGAGGGAGAAGGAGGUGUUGAGGGUGGAGGAGGAGGAGUCGAUGUCGAUGGUGUCGAAUGAGGAGGAGUCGAUGUCGUUCAGUCGUCGAGUGGGAAUUGUGUUGGAUUCGAUCAGUUCCAAGUUGCGGGAUGCGGCGAGUCGGGCCGAGUUGGGAGGGAGGGAAUGGGUGAAGGAGGCGAAGCCCGAGGCAGGGGAGGAUUGA